CUUAUGAGGUUCCUUCAAAACUCUUUUUGAGCAGAGUACGUAGCCUAUCUAUGCGGGCUUUUAUUUUUCGUCGCUAAGCAAGUUUAGUCUUUAUUUGUCAUAUCAGUAUAUUUUGCCAACAGCGAAAGACGGCCGACACAUUUAUAGCCCUUGCCCAGCAAAGCAUUAUGCUACUUUAGAAAAAGAUUUGCUGCAAUUUCUAUUGGUUUUUGAGUGGUAGAAAAUACCAUAUUUUGCAGUUAGCUUCUAGGGUGCGUUUUAAUUUCACGGGAUAAAGAAAAUAUAUUUUAUUUACUGAGUGUGUAGGCUAUUGUGCUGGACUGUAUGUCAGACGUUUUCGUUAUUAUUUAGGCGCGUUUAUAGGAAGACUGCAGUGAAAACAAGACGUUCAAUUUGACUUGUAACGAAUUGUUGGCUAAAGUCGCUAUCAGAAUGACCGAGGACAAUGUCACUAAAAGUAUUGAAAUCAUUAAAGAUCAACUGUAUUUCGCAGUACUACAGCAUAAGAUAAAAAGCACAGCUGAUAGACAUUGCUUCUGCAUAGAUGAUGAGCUGUCAUAUGAAAACUUCUAUGCAGACUUUGGUCCGCUCAACCUGGCCAUGUUUUAUCGCUUCUGUUGCAAGCUCACUAAAAAGCUCAAGUCAUUCACACUAGCAAAGAAGAAGAUAGUAUUCUACACCUGUGGAGACCAAAAGAAACAAGCCAACGCUGCCUAUCUUAUUGGUUCAUAUGCAGUGAUGCAUCUUCAGAAGACACCAGAGGAAGCCUACAGUCUACUGGUGUCCAGGAACUCUACCUACCUACCCUUCAGAGAUGCCUCUUUUGGAACCUGCAUGUAUAAUCUGAGCAUUCUAGACUGCCUGCGCGCCAUAUACAAGGCUCUGCAGUUUGGCUGGCUUGAUUUCUCCCGGUUUGAUGUGGAGGAAUACGAACAUUACGAGAGAGCAGAAAAUGGAGAUUUCAACUGGAUAAUUCCUGGGAAAUUCCUAGCGUUCAGCGGUCCUCAUCCAAAAAGCAAAAUGGAGAACGGUUACCCUCUCCAUGCCCCCGAGGCCUACUUUCCUUACUUCAGGAAACACAAUAUCACAACCAUUGUCCGUCUCAACAAAAAGAUGUAUGACGCCAAGCGCUUCACGGACAUGGGCUUCGAGCACCACGACCUCUUCUUCGUGGACGGAAGCACGCCAAACGACUCAAUCGUCAGGAAGUUCCUCAACAUCUGUGAGAACUCAGACGGAGCUAUCGCUGUUCACUGCAAAGCUGGUCUGGGUCGAACAGGCACUCUGAUAGGCUGCUACAUGAUGAAGCACUACCGCCUGACUGCGGCUGAGGCCAUCGCCUGGAUGCGUAUCUGCCGGCCCGGAUCGGUCAUCGGACCACAACAAAACUUUGUGGAAGAUAAUCAGAGCCGCCUGUGGUCGGAGGGCGACGUGUUCCGGGAGAAAAUAAAUGAGCAGGAAAACGGCAAGCUGGCUGUCACCAGGAUCCUGUCGGGGGUUGAUGACAUCACCCUCAACGGCAGCAACAAGAACAGGACGUCCGAGAAAGAACUGUAUAAUGACGAUGAGGAGAUGAAUGGCGUCACUCAGGGUGAUAAACUGCGAGCCCUGAAAAGCAAGAGACAGGCCAGAGCAUCCACAGGCUCCCUAUCACAAGAAGAAAAAAAUAUCCACAGCAGGUCAUCGCGGUCUUUAAGGAUUCUCCUUCAGUCCAGUGGGCAGAGCUGUAAGGCUGUGUUGAACCCCUCCCAUCUCCCUGAUGCCUCCGAGAACAGGAAGAGAACCAGAACCUCACUGCCUGCCAAUAGUGUGGGGGGCAGACUAGCCAGGUCUCUAGACAGCAUGCAUGUAGUGGCCAGUGACAGAGAGCCAGUGUGCUGUGAGCCCAGUGGCUGCCAUAGAGACACAGUCAACGCAGGCAGCCCAGUCAGCACAGGCAACCUGCCCAACCUAAACAUGCUGCAGGCCCCUCAGAAGACGCACUGUGUCCAGAGGACGGAAAACUCGAUGCUCUUUACAAUCAAUGCGCUUAACGAGACUAUGUCACUCCAUACCAAAAGCUAGAGCUCCUCUACUGCGCUGAGCCUGGCUUUCCGGAGUUCUACAGGAGUCCAGUCUACCUACAGCUCCUGCAAAUUGAGAUUUUUUUUUGUUUCUUAAGAGAGACUGGGUUUAUUUUGCUUGAACCAGUCAAAUCGAUAUUUGUUAAAGUGAUGAUGUUGGAUGAGGAAAUUAUGCAUCUGAUUGUGAACGGGAAGAAUGAGUUAUCAGAUACAAUUAAGAUGUAAACCAUGUUUGGUUAGUUUGGAAUUAAUUUGCCAACUCUCUUUAUCAAAGGCACUACUUUUGUCAUAUAUUUCACUGUUUAUAUCAUGGAACCAACUUUAAAAAGGUUGUAUGCUUCUUAAAAUUACACCAUAUUCUCUGUACACUAGUCCUGGCCAUAAGUAGUGGGAAUAGAGUGCCACUUCAGAUGUACAUAUUCGUUGCCUGCUUGUUUACAAACUAGUAGAAGGUUGCCAUAGGAAUCCAGACUGAUCCUGAACCGUCAGACUAAUGUCAAUCUGCUUGUUAGUGAAGGUCCUCCAGAGCUUGGCACCGUCCACUUUUUAAAACCUUUGGAUGAUAUGGAUCAGGUCAUGUCCAGUUGUUUGGAAGUUGAGGUGUUUUGUAGAUAAAAUAAUUUGUGAAAAGCCCAGCUCAAAUCGGCCCACUUGAACAUGCACAAUGUCUACUUUAAGGGGUAUGCUGUUUUGGGAGCAUCUUUCAGAAUGUUAGACAAAAAUGUAAUGCACAGAAGUAAUACAAUGCUCGCCUCUUUUCAAUAAUAGAUGGUUUGUCCACGCUGUAAAUUCUAAUUUCACUUGUGUUUCACUUGGCUCUAUUCAACUCGUGUCGCAGAAGUUCAGCGUUCCAGCAUGAUUGAAAUUGAAUGGCAAUGUUCCCGCGUUAGCACGGUAAACGCUACAUAUGUCCUUUCAAUCGGAAAUUACCUUUACAUUUCUAUCGCGCAAUCUGUAACGCUUCAGCGAUACGGAUUGAAUAGCACCCUUAAUAUGCCCCAGCUUUCUUUCAUUCUCCAGUGAAGCUUCUAGUCGGUUGUCUUUUUUGUUGAGCUGCUGUAAUUAAACUGUAAAUAAGUCAACAUUUGAUAUACUGAAAAAUUAAUUUGUACUUUGUAAAUAUUUUUGUACUUGUUAUGAUGAACCAUACUAUCAAUUGUAAUCAGUCUUACAUACAAAAUGGUCCUAAAGGGGCCUCAUCUCAUUCAUGAUUAUCAUGCAUUAUAUAUCUGCUCGGAGCACAUUAAAUAUACCCACUUUUUAAAAUAAAAUACCGCCAAUUAUACUCA